AUGGCUUCUUCUACUGCUCACUACUUUUUCAAGAUUGUUCUUCAACAAACUCUUCUAAACAAGCUUAUGAUUAUAUAUAUUUUGUUUUGGUCUUUCCUUUUGCAGCAAAUUCCUAGUAGAUUUUUAAAGAAAUACUGUGGUGGUUCCUUACCAAGUCAAGUAUUUCUUAAACUACCUUGUGGAUCAAGAUGGGAGGUGGGGCUCACAAAAAGUAGAGAUGGAAAAGUAUGGAUGAAAAAGGGUUGGGAUAAAUUUGCACAACAUUGUUCUUUAAGGCGUGGAAAUUUCUUAGUUUUUGGAUAUGAAGGAGACUCUGAGUUCCAUGUAAUCAUAUUUGACACAAACACUAUGGAGAUUGAUUAUCCUUCUAAUCAUCCCAACCAUUAUGAGAAGCAUAAUGUUGAUAUUGAUGAAGAAGAAGAAGAAGAAGAUGAUGAUGAUGAUGAUGAUGAUGAUGAUGAUGAUGAUGAUGAUGAUGAUGAUGAUGAUGAGUCUAUUGAAGUGUUAAACAGUUUUCCAAGGUAUCCUAAAACCAGGGACAAGUCUCCAAUACCAUGUUCUAGGCCCCAAAAGAAAAUUAGAACAAGUGGUCCUGUUAAAGCACCAACUAACAACCUAUCUCAUCUUAGAAGGUCUAAAGCCAAAGGUACUUACUCUAAACCAAAAUACAUUAUUUGUUUAGAAAACAGAACAAUAGUUUAG